AUAUAAACCCUAAUUUUAAACCCUCACCCCCUGGCCUAAUUUCCCCCAAAAAAUGGCUUCUCUGUACAGAGCUUCAAAAUCUCUAAAAUCGCAUAGGGUUCCGUUCAAUCUACUCCAUAUUAACACGAAGCCCCUUAGAUUCGACACAGCUGCAUAUUUGAAUCCAAUAUUCGGCUGGACGCAAUGUCAAUUUUUCGCGUCGCAAUUUAGGGAAGAUCCGAGCAUAGACUUAAAUCAGUUCCCAUCCGACAGAAUUCGCAACUUCUCGAUAAUUGCCCAUGUUGACCAUGGAAAAUCGACGCUCGCCGACAGGCUUCUGGAGCUCACGGCAACUAUUAGGAAGGGUCAUGGGCAGCCUCAGUAUUUAGAUAAAUUACAGGUAGAGAGAGAACGUGGAAUAACCGUUAAGGCCCAGACAGCGACUAUGUUUCAUAGGCACAAUUACCUUGGAACAGAUGCAAAUUUUUUGCUAAACCUGAUCGAUACACCUGGACACGUGGAUUUUAGCUAUGAAGUGUCAAGAUCUUUGGCAGCAUGCCAGGGCGUCCUCCUUGUUGUUGAUGCAGCUCAAGGUGUCCAGGCACAAACAGUUGCAAAUUUUUAUCUUGCAUUUGAAGCAAACCUCACUGUAAUUCCUGUUAUUAAUAAAAUCGAUCAGCCAACAGCUGACCCAGAUCGAAUUAAAGAGCAGCUGAAGUCUAUUUUUGAUCUUGAUCCGAGUCAAGCUCUAUUAACAUCAGCAAAGACAGGUCAAGGUCUCGCGCAAGUCCUUCCUGCUGUGAUAGAGCGAAUACCUCCUCCUCCUGGAAAGAGCACUUCACCUCUACGCAUGCUUUUACUGGACUCUUACUAUGAUGAAUAUAGAGGAGUUAUUUGCCAUGUUGCUGUUGUUGAUGGGACUUUGAGGAAGGGUGAUAAGAUUUCCUCUGCUGCAACAGGCCAAUCUUAUGAAGUUUCUGACGUUGGGAUCAUGCACCCUGAACUCACUCAGACAGGAAUCCUUUUAACAGGGCAAGUGGGAUAUGUUGUUAGUGGUAUGCGGUCAACUCAAGAGGCACGAGUUGGAGAUACUCUUUAUCAGACUAAAUGCACUGUAGAGCCACUUCCAGGUUUCAAGCCGGUAAAACAUAUGGUAUUUUCGGGUCUAUAUCCAGCAGAUGGAUCAGAUUUUGAAGCACUUAGUCAUGCCAUUGAAAGACUGACUUGCAACGAUGCCAGUGUAUCUGUUACAAAAGAGAGUAGUUCAGCACUUGGCUUGGGCUUCAGAUGUGGUUUCUUGGGCUUACUUCACAUGGAUGUCUUUCAUCAACGGCUUGAGCAGGAACAUGGAGCUCAUGUGAUUUCAACUGUUCCCACUGUGCCAUAUAUAUUUGAGUAUUCUGAUGGAAGCAAAUUACAAGUCCAGAAUCCUGCUAUGUUGCCCUCAAAUCCUAAAAUGCGGGUAACAACGUGUUGGGAACCCACUGUAAUAGCAACUAUUAUAAUUCCUAGUGAGUAUGUGGGAGCCAUUAUCACCCUUUGUUCUGAAAGGCGAGGUGAGCAGUUGGAGUACUCCUUCAUUGACAGUCAAAGAGCACUGAUGAAGUAUCGGUUACCGUUAAGGGAAAUUGUCGUUGACUUUUACAAUGAAUUGAAGAGUUUAACUUCUGGAUAUGCGUCUUUUGAUUAUGAGGAAGCAGAUUAUCAGGCUGCAGAUUUAGUGAAACUUGAUAUACUAUUAAAUGGACAACCAGUUGAUGCUAUGGCAACUAUAGUCCAUAGAUCGAAGGCACAGCGUGUAGGUCGUGAACUUGUGGAGAAGCUGAAGAAGUUCAUCGACAGGCAAAUGUUUGAGAUAACCAUACAAGCUGCUAUCGGACAAAAGAUUAUUGCACGGGAGACGGUCUCGGCCAUGAGGAAGAAUGUUCUUGCUAAAUGCUACGGAGGCGAUGCCACCCGGAAGAAGAAACUUUUGGAAAAGCAAAAGGAAGGAAAGAAGCGAAUGAAACGUGUCGGCUCUGUUGAUAUACCCCAGGAGGCUUUUCAUGAGCUAUUAAAGGGUUCAUGAAAUGCUAUAAUUACAACUGACCUAUUUUUUACUUUAUGAGAAGAUGUUUAUAGGCAGAUAAUGCAUGAUCAAGACGGAAAAAAUAGAGUCUUUACUGCUGUGAAGCAAAUGGUAGUACAAUACUCAUAUUCCUUAAGAGGAGGUCUUUUUGUUGGAAAUUUUUGGGAUUAAAUAAAUCUGUACUUCAUUUC